AUGGCGAUGGCCGUGGGCACCGCCGCCGACGCCUCCUACACCCUCGUGGGCCCACCGGAGGCCCGCCAGCGCCACGCCGCGGUCCGGGCCACGGGUGCUGAGGCGGCACCGACGGGGGAGGAGUUCCUGGACCUGAUGGACGCCUGCUUCAACAAGCCCACCGCGCCGGCGCCGGUGCCGGGCGGGAAGGCGCUCACGGAGAACUGCUCCCCGACUUUCGUGUCCUCGGGCGACCCCUGCCUCGACUUCUUCUUCCACGUGGUGCCCGGCACGCGGGCCGCCUCCGUGGAGUCGCUCCUGGGCGCCGCCUGGGCGGCCGACCCGGCCACUGCGCUCCGCCUCGUCGCCAACCUCCGCGGCGUGCGCGGGAGCGGCAAGUCCGACCGCGAGGGCUUCUACGCCGCCGCGCUCUGGCUCCACGCGCGCCACCCGCGCACGCUGGCGCUCAACGCCGCCCCCGUCGCCGACUUCGGCUACCUCAAGGACCUCCCCGAGCUGCUCCACCGCAUCGUGCACGGCGGGGUGUCCACCAGAACCCCCGGCAAGAAGGCGCGCCUCGCCGCCGAGGGAGGAGGAUUCGUCGGCGGCCGGGGCCGGGGACGCGGGUGCUUCGGCGGCCGGGGCCGGGGCCGGGGCCGCGGCUUCUUCGGCGGCCGUACGCCCCGCACCCGCGCGGAACGGGCCACUCGCGUCGGCUCAACGGAGGAGCGCGUCGCGACCAGCCUCGAGCACGACCGGGGACUCGCGGCCGCGGCCGCGGUGGUGCGCCGGACCAGGAGAGCGGAGGCCGCUGCGAGGGCGGUCGAGAUGUACAGCAACGACCCCACCUACCGCUUCCUGCACGACCGCACGGCCGACCUCUUCGCGGGGCUCAUCGCGGAGGACAUGCGCAAGCUCGCCGACGGCAAGGUCCGGGAGUUCUCGCUCGCCGCCAAGUGGUGCCCGUCGCUGGACUCUUCCUACGACCGCUCCACGCUGCUCUGCGAGGCCGUUGCGCGGCGCCUCUUCCCCAAGGGCUCCGCGCCCGAGCUCGCCACGGACCUCGCGGACGAGCACUACGCGUACCGUGCGCGUGAGAGGCUCCGCAGGGUGGCGCUCGUGCCGCUCCGCCGCGCGCUCAAGCUCCCCGAGGUCUUCAUCUCGGCGCGCGCGUGGGAGUCGGUCGCGUACACGCGCGUCGCCUCCGUGGCCAUGAAGAACUACAAGGAGCUCUUCCUCAAGCACGACGCCAACCGCUUCAACGCCUACCUCGCCGACGUCAAGUACGGCAAGAAGCGGAUCGCCGCGGGCGCGCUGCUCCCGCACGAGAUCAUCUCCUCCCUCGGCGACGCCGGCGGCGUGGCCGACCUGCAGUGGCAGCGCAUGGUCGACGACAUGCGCGCGCUCGGCAAACUGAGCAACUGCGUCGCGGUGUGCGACGUGUCCGGCAGCAUGUUCGGCCUGCCCAUGGACGUGUGCGUGGCCCUGGGCCUCCUCGUGUCCGAGCUCAGCGACGACCCCUGGCGCGGCCGCGUCAUCACCUUCAGCGAGCGGCCCGAGCUCCACAAGAUCGCCGGCGAGACCCUCUACGAGAAGACAAGCUUCGUUAGAACCAUGGACUGGGGCAUGAACACCAACUUCCAGGCGGUGUUCGACAAGAUCCUCGAGGUGGCCGUGAGCGCCAGGCUGGCGCCGGAGCGAAUGGUGCGGCGCGUGUUCGUGUUCAGCGACAUGGAGUUCGACCAGGCGUCGGCGAAUCCGUGGGAGACGGACUACGAGGCGAUCGUGCGCAAGUUCACGGAGGCUGGGUACGGCGCGGCCGUGCCGGAGGUGGUGUUCUGGAACCUGAGGGACUCCAAGGCCGUGCCGGUGGAGGCCGGGCAGAAGGGGGUGGCGCUCGUCAGCGGCUUCUCCAAGAACCUGCUCAAGCUGUUCCUUGACGGCGACGGCAUCGUCUGCCCCAGGGCUGUAAUGGAGAAGGCCAUCGCCGGGCCGGAGUACGACAAGCUGGCCGUCUUCGACUGA